AUGCGCUCUCAGAGGAUGAAUGUACUUAUCAAACAUCAUGGGAGCUUCCGGUUGUCCAUCGGUUGCCAGGUCAGCCAUCUAAGUAACCAGUUCCAACUCCUGUGCAAGGUGGCAUUCACCAUGACCCAGAGAGAGACAGGGUCAAGGUCCUUUUCAGUUUCAGUUUCCAUCUCCCCAUCAGGGGCUCUAAAACGGACCCUGGCCUUGGGAGACCCUGGUAGAUUUUCUUCCCCCCUCUUCCUCAGUGACCAGCUCUUCUCACUCUGUGUCACUUCAGAGAAACCAGUGCAGCUGGGAUCUGAAUCUCUUCCUCCUCUUUUAUACAGCUUUCAGAACUCACAGAGAGAAGAUGUAGUGUUGACCUCCUGUGACUUUAACAACGACAACGAACCGUUCUGCAGGUUUACUCAGGACAACACAGACAACAAUGACUGGACACGGCACAAAGGUCCAACCCCAACAACUGGCACUGGACCUGAUGGAGACUAUCCUGAUGGAAAGGGCUUUUUUAUCUACCAUGAGUGUGACAAUGUGUCUAACGGACAGAAGGCUCGUCUGCUGAGCCCAGCCCUCUCAUCAUCAACCUCUCAGAUCUGUGUGGGGUUUCGAUACUACAUGUAUGGCUCCGACAAUCGCAAUUUGUUGAGAGUCCUUGCCAAGAGACCAGAAAGUGAGGAGGAGGUCUGGAGUAGGACUGGUAUCCAGAGUAGAUCCUGGCUGAAGGGCUCUGUCACUGUGCCAAAACCGAGCAGUCAGAGCAUCACUAUUGUCUUUGAGGCUCAGAGAGGCUUCUCUUCUUCCUGUGACUCAGCUCUGGACAACAUUGUCAUUACUGAAGGAGCAUGUCCCUCUUGUGUUUCUGGCUGUGAUUUUGACACUCUUGGUGACCUGUGUGGGUGGAUGACUGAAACUGGAAAUCCUGAUGUGUUUGGCUUUGAUCAGUGGAUUGGGCCAACGGACACUGAAGGCACCGGACCUGAUGAUGACUUUUCCAAACCUGGAUUGGGUGCCUACAUGUUGCUGGAUUCUUUUGAGGCUAUCCCUGGAGUCAAGGCUCAGAUUAGAAGUCCUGUAAUAACCCCCUCCACUGGUUGUCUGGACCUCACCUUUCACUAUUAUCUAUAUGGCACCAGCACCACCAUGGAGCUCAGCGUCCACACUGUCACCGCAGGUGGAAGCAUUGGACCAGCUCUGUUCACUAUCAGGGGUAACCAGGGCCAAGGCUGGAAGCCUGCAGAAGUGCGCUACGUGGGAAAUGCUGCCAUUCAAUUUGUGAUUGUGGGUACCUUUGGAGAAACUCCCCAGACAGAUAUUGCAGUGGAUGCGGUGUGUGUCAUGGCCUGCAAAGCUCAGCCAACAACUCCUCCACUGGUAACAACAGCAAAACCAACAACUCCUGGAUUAACUUCACCUAAACCAACAAGUCCUGGUCCAUCAACACCUAAACCAACUCCUGGACCUGGCACUCCAAAACCAACAACUCCUGGUCCAUCAACACCUAAACCAACUCCUGGACCUGGCACUCCAAAACCAACAACUCCUGGUCCAUCAACACCUAAACCAACUCCUGGUCCAUCAACACCGAAACCAACUCCUGGUCCAUCCACACCUAAACCAACUCCUGGACCUGGUACUCCAAAACCAACAACUCCUGGUCCAUCAACACCUAAACCAACUCCUGGUCCAUCAACACCUAAACCAACUCCUGGACCUGGCACUCCAAAACCAACAACUCCUGGUCCAUCAACACCUAAACCAACUCCUGGUCCAUCAACACCUAAACCAACUCCUGGACCUGGCACUCCAAAACCAACAACUCCUGGACCAUCAACACCUAAACCAACUCCUGGUCCAUCAACACCUAAACCAACUCCUGGACCUGACACUCCAAAACCACCAACUCCUGGUCCAUCAACACCUAAACCAACUCCUGGUCCAUCAACACCUAAACCAACUCCUGGACCUGGCACUCCAAAACCACCAACUCCUGGUCCAUCAACACCUAAACCAACUCCUGGACCUGGCACUCCAAAACCAACAACUCCUGGUCCAUCAACACCUAAACCAACUCCUGGUCCAUCAACACCUAAACCAACUCCUGGACCUGGCACUCCAAAACCAACAACUCCUGGUCCAUCAACACCUAAACCAACUCCUGGUCCAUCAACACCUAAACCAACUCCUGGACCUGGCACUCCAAAACCAACAACUCCUGGUCCAUCAACACCUAAACCAACUGCUGGUCCAUCAACACCUAAACCAACUCCUGGUCCAUCAACACCGAAACCAACUCCUGGUCCAUCAACACCUAAACCAACUCCUGGACCUGGUACUCCAAAACCAACAACUCCUGGUCCAUCAACACCUAAACCAACUCCUGGUCCAUCAACACCUAAACCAACUCCUGGACCUGGCACUCCAAAACCAACAACUCCUGGUCCAUCAACACCUAAACCAACUCCUGGUCCAUCAACACCUAAACCAACUCCUGGACCUGGCACUCCAAAACCAACAACUCCUGGUCCAUCAACACCUAAACCAACUCCUGGUCCAUCAACACCUAAACCAACUCCUGGACCUGGCACUCCAAAACCAACAACUCCUGGUCCAUCAACACCUAAACCAACUCCUGGACCUGGCACUCCAAAACCAACAACUCCUGGUCCAUCAACACCUAAACCAACUCCUGGUCCAUCAACACCUAAACCAACUCCUGGACCUAUCACUCCAAAACCAACAACUCCUGGACCAACUACACCAAAACCAACAACAUCCAAGCCACCAAAACCAUGUCCUCCCGAUGCAGAGUAUAUAGAAUGUGGUCCAGCUUGUAUACCCACCUGUAUGGAACCCUCAUCCAACUGCUCUGGCUCCUGUAUCAGUGCCUGCUUCUGUAAACCAGGGUUUGUUUUCAAGGGACGGCACUGUGUGCCACUGGAGAAAUGUGGCUGUCUGGAUGACCAAAAUAACUAUUAUGAGCCUGGUGAGAUUGUACUUGGUGAUGGCUGCUCAAAACUGUGUCGCUGUGUAGGGAACUACACUUUGGAAUGUGUUGAUAACUCCUGCGACUCCACUGAAGAGUGUCGCGAGGUUAACGGUGUCGAGGGCUGCUAUCCUAAAGAUACAUCCACAUGCAUAGCAUCUGGUGAUCCCCACUAUACCACCUUUGACAAAAAAAAUUACAACUUCAUGGGCAACUGCAGCUAUUUGAUGUCUGCACCCUGCAAUGAAACAACUCUGCCAUACUUUGAGAUCCAUGCCGAUAAUGAAAAUCGCUAUAACAGACCUACCAUCUCCUACGUGAAGGCCGUACAUGUAUAUGUAUAUAAUGUGAAGAUCUCUAUCCUCAAAGGGGGCACUUGUCAGGUGAAUGGAACCAUUGUAAAUCUGCCAGUGACUCCAGUCCCUGGUGUUUCUGUGUUUAAGUCAGGAAAACACUACACUGUGUCCAUGAACUUUGGUGUAACUGUUCGCUAUGACGGAAACCACUUCAUGGACAUCAAAGUGAUCAAAGACUAUCAAAACAAACUGUGUGGACUGUGUGGAGAUUACAAUGGAGAUACUAAAGAUGACUUCCGUAAACCAGAUGGAUCGUUGACCAACAAUGCCAAUGACUUUGGACAAAGCUGGAACACUGACCCAGAGUGUAAUAAGAAACCCAACACCACCAUCCCUGGGUGUGAUGAAGACGAGCAGGAUCUGUAUGAGAGCUCUGGAUACUGUGGAAUCCUCCUGGACAAAAAUGGUCCUUUUGCUGUGUGCCACCCCAAAGUCAACCCCAAUAAUUACUUCAAAAACUGUGUCUUUGAUCUGUGCGAGCUGGAGGGGCACAAGCCGAUUCUGUGCGAAGCCAUCGAAGCCUACGUCAAUGAAUGCCAGGACCGUGGUGUCAACAUUGGGCCCUGGAGGAAUGAAACCUUCUGCCCGCUGAAUUGCCCCAGCAACAGCCACUAUGAGCCCUGUGCAGACCCAUGCCAGGAAACAUGUUCUGGAAAACCUCCCUCCUGUGAUGGACCCUGCUCAGAAGCUUGUGUGUGCAAUCCUGGCUAUGUCCUGAGUGCCGGCAAGUGUGUCAUGAAGAAUUCUUGUGGCUGCAAUCACACCAACGGCCAGUAUUAUGAGCCAGGAGAGGAGUUUUAUGAAGAAGAUUGUAAGCGUAAGUGUAGGUGUGAUGCUUCCUCCAUUACCUGUGUGGCCUCUGAAUGCCCUCCAAUGCAUGAGUGUAAACUCCAGAAUGGUGAGCUGGCGUGCUAUCCCACUGACUCUCAAGACUGUGUGGUUUCUGGUGAUCCUCACUACACUACGUUUGACAAGAAGUACUACAGCUUCAUGGGAACAUGUACCUACACACUGGCCAGAACCUGCAAGAACAACACAGGUCCUUGGUUCUCAGUGGAGGCAAAGAAUGAGGAGCGAGGGGUGUCAGGACUGUCCUACCUGAGAAAACUCUAUGUCACUGUAAAUGGAAUCACUGUGACUAUGAUGAAAACCAGGAAGAUUCUGGUAAAUGGACUGCGGGUGGCCCUCCCUUACAUAGCCUCACCUCACAUCUCUCUCCGGCUUGCCGGUCAGUACGUCAUCCUGCAGACGCCCUUUGGUCUCCAGGUGCGUUGGGAUGGAAACCAUUACGCACAGAUCUCAGUUCCCAGCUCCUACUAUGACCAAAUGUGUGGUCUCUGUGGUGACUACGAUGGGAGCCCAGACAAUGAUUUCACCACUCCAGAUGGCACUUUGGUAGGAAAUGUCAAUGACUUUGGGAACAGCUGGCAGACAGAAGAGGAUGAGGAUGACUCGUGUAUGCCAGACAUCAAGCCUGACCCAGACUGUGACCCCAAACUUGAAGCAGAGCUGGUGAAACCAGACAAGUGUGGCAAAAUCACAGACCCUGCUGGACCCUUCAGGGAGUGUGUCAAGGUGGUGAAUCCCACUCCAUUUUUCCAGAGCUGUGUGUAUGACAUGUGUCAGUUCAGUGGACAGCAGCAUGUACUGUGUGACCAGCUCCAGGCCUACACUGAUGCUUGCCAGAGUGCUGGAGCCAAGGUCUACCAGUGGAGGACUCCAGACUUCUGCCCACUGGCUUGUCCUCCCAACAGCUCCUACUCUCUGUGUGUGAGUUCCUGCCCAGAGACUUGUCUGGGUGUGGUGGGCUCCCCCGGCUGUGAGGACGUGUGUGUGGAGGGUUGCAAGUGUGACCCAGGCUUCAUCCUCAGCAACGACAAGUGUGUGGCACUGAAAGACUGUGGCUGUGUUGACACCAGUGGAUCCUAUCAUCCCGUUGGUGACGAGUGGUACUUGGAGGGUUGUGAGCAGAAGUGUGCCUGUCACAGUGGAGGACUGAUCCAGUGUCACAACAGCAGCUGUAAACCAACCACUGAGAGCUGCCAAAUACAAGAUGGAGAAUAUGAAUGUCGUCCUCUGGGAAAUGGUGUCUGCUCUGUAUGCGGUGAUCCCCACUACAAUACCUUUGACAAACACACCCAUCAUUACAUGGGAGCCUGUUCCUACACCCUGACCAAACCUUGCAACGCCUCCUCUAGCAUGCCUUAUUUCACAGUGGAAACCCAGAAUGAACACAGAGGAAGUAAUAAGAAGGUUUCCUAUGUCAGGGCUGUGGUAAUCAAUGUGGACGGUGUGACUGUCAUCCUCGGUAAAGGCCGCACAGUCCAGGUCAACGGAACAGUGGUCGUCCCACCUGUCACCUCCAUCAGUGGAACUAAGAUCUACAUGAGUGGCAAGUUUGUUGUCUUGGAGACAUCCUUUGGCCUGAGAGUACGUUUCAAUGGUGACCACUAUGCUGACGUCAGUGUGCCAACCUCGUACAAUGGUCUGCUCUGUGGCAUGUGUGGAAAUUUCAAUGGAGAUCCAGAUGAUGACAACUUGAAACCAGACAAUACACCAGCUGCUAACACCAAUGAACUGGGAGACAGCUGGGAGGUUCCUGACCCACGGCCUGAUUGCACCAAUGGUGGAGGACAGGAAGACUGUGAUAAAGAGGUGGAGGAGGAGGCCAAUAAACCCACCAGCUGUGGCAUGAUCACAGAUCCCAAUGGUAUCUUUAAGCCCUGCCACACUGCCGUGCCACCUGAACCAUACUUUGGAAACUGUCGGUAUGACAUGUGUGCCACCGGAGGUCAGACUGUGGCUCUUUGCCAGGCCAUAGAAAGCUAUGCUGACAUGUGUGCUGCUGCAGGAGUCCACAUUGAAUGGAGAAGCAAUACUUUCUGUCCUCUGAAGUGCCCCGCAGGCAGCCAUUACAACCCGUGUGGCCCCGCAUGCCCCCAGCCCAGCUGUCAGGACCCUGCAGGCCCCAGUGGCUCCUGUGACCAGCCCUGUGUGGAAGGAUGUUUCUGUAACCCUGGCCUCAUCCUCAGUGGAGGGAAAUGUGUCCCACUCAGUGAGUGCGGAUGUACUGAGGGGGACGGAACAUAUCGGCCGGUAGGAGAUUCUUGGUUCACUGAGAAGGACUGCUCAGAACGCUGCAAGUGUAACAGCAACUUCAACAUCACCUGUGAACCGUGGCAAUGCAGCCCUGCUCAGGAGUGCAAAGUUGUCGAAGGACAACUGGACUGCCAUUCUACAGGUAAAGGCGUAUGCCAUGUGGCUGGAGAUCCCCAUUACUACACCUUUGAUGGUGUGAUGCACACAUUCAUGGGUACCUGCACUUACACUCUGGUGGAGGUGUGUAACUCCACCCAAGUAACUCCAUUUAAGAUAGUGGCCAAAAACGAAGAACGUGGUCAACCAGAUGCCUCCUAUGUUCGCUCCGUAAAAGUCUACCUGCCUCAUGACACCGUGGUUGAACUGCAAAAAAGCCACAGAGUUCUGCUGAAUGGAAGGCGGGUGCGAACCCCAAUUUCCAUUGAUGUGGCCGGCGCCAAGGUGAUAACCAGUGGAUCCUACAGUCUGCUGGACACAAACUUUGGUCUACAAGUGAAGUUUGAUGGAGUCCAUCACUUGGAGAUCACUGUUCCAGGAGAAUACUUCAACAAGCUGUGUGGCAUGUGUGGGAACUACAACCACGACUCCUCUGAUGACAACCUUAAACCCGACAUGACACCAGCCAAGGAUGUGAUUGAACUGGGCAAUAGCUGGAAAUCAGAUGGAGACAGUGAUCCUGGCUGUCAGCCAGACACUCGUCCAGACAUCCACCCCAACUGCACCGCGGAAGAAGAGAAGCUAUAUGAGACUAUAUGUGCUGAGGUCAUCCUCUCUGACCGGUUCAAGCCCUGCCACUCUGUAGUGCCCCCUGAGGCUUUCCUGGGUAACUGCAUCUAUGAUAUGUGUGAGUAUGACGGCAUGCAGGCUACGCUCUGUGACAACGUGGAGGCGUACGCUCAGGCCUGCCAGAGUGCUGGAGUCACCAUCAGCUGGAGGAACAGCACCUUCUGUCCCCUGCCCUGCCCUCCUAACAGCCACUACUCAGACUGCACUGCGCCCUGCCCCCCUACCUGCUCUGACCUGUUCCCCGUUUCCUGUCCCUUCCCUCCAACCACUUGUGUGGAGGGCUGCCAGUGUGACGCUGGCUACGUCCUCAGUGACAACAAGUGUGUUCCAAUGGACAAAUGUGGCUGUCUGGACUCAGAUGGACAUUACCAUGAUCUGGGAGACUCAUGGCUGACAGAUAAAUGUGCUGACUUAUGUACCUGUAACACUGGGGGCCAAAUUACUUGCAAGGACCACGGAUGUGAUUCUAACACAGUGUGUGCCCUGGACAAAUAUGGAGAGCUCUACUGCAAACCCACUCAGUUCAACAAGUGCAGCAUCUCUGGAGAUCCGCACUACAGAACAUUUGAUGGUUUCAGCCAUCACUUCCAAGGUCCCUACACCUAUGUCUUGACUCAGAGUCACAACCUACCGAACUCCCUGUCAUCCCUGAUUGUGAGGGGAAAGAACAUCAGACGUGGAGGGAACAAGAAGGUGUCAUUCCUGGAUCAGAUGUACAUUGAUGUUUAUGGUGUCAAUGUCCGCUUUCUGCAGAAGAAGACUGUCCUGGUGAAUGGGGAACGUGUUGCUCCUCCUCUCAGUCCAGUUGAUGGUUUGACCAUCACGAUGAACUCCAGGCAGAUGCAGCUCACCACUGACUUUGGACUCACUGUACGCUUCGAUGGUAGCAGUCGUGGAGAGAUUAUACUGCCCAGCACUUAUAAGAACUUUGUCAGAGGGCUGUGUGGAAACUAUGAUGGCAUCACCAAAAAUGAGUACAUGAAGCCAGAUGGGACGGUGGUCAAGGACGUGAACAACUUUGGAGAAAGUUGGCGAGUCAGUGACCGACAGGCUGAUGGACUGAAGAUCUUCCAGCUGCCUCACAUAGUCCACAGGCGAGAGGUAGAGACUGAUCUUGAUUCAGGAUAUGGGACAUCAGAUUGCUCUCAGUCUCAGCUCAAUGACUACAACAGUGGGGCUCAGUGUGGAGCACUGUCUGAUUCCAACGGACCGUUUGCCACCUGUCAUGCAACACUUUCUCCUCAAACCUACCAGGAUGACUGUGUGUUUGACCUGUGUGCUGAGCAGGGCAGUGCAGCGCUGCGUUGUGCCAGUUAUGAAGCGUAUGCUGUAGCCUGUCAGGAGGCUGGAGUCAAACUCGGAUCCUGGAGGCAGCAGCUGGACUGUGUCCUCACAUGUGAUGCCAACAGCACCUAUUCCUCUUGUAUGUCACCUUGCCCUGCCUCCUGUGCCGACCUGGCAGCACCUUCCGAUUGUGACUCCACUUACUGUAUGGAAGGGUGCAAGUGUGCUGCGGGCUUCGUCAUGAGUGAAGCAAUCUGUGUGCCGUACACACAGUGUGGCUGUACUUUCUUCAACAGAUACUACCAGCUGAAGGAGAAAUUUGUAACUGACGACUGUUCUCAGUCCUGCGAAUGCACCAGCACUGGUGUUGUGUGCGAACCUAAGACCUGCCAAGAAGGUCAUGUCUGCGCCAUCUACGAAUUCAAACGUGACUGUUACAGAGCUACUCCUUGUCUCAGUUAUCCCUGUCUAAAUGGAGGAACAUGUGAGGAAGCAGGAAACAACACCUACACCUGUCAAUGUGCAACAGGCUUCGAGGGCACAAACUGUGAGGUGGAGAUAACGCCGCCUGGAAAACUGGAAACCAAGUGGAUUGUCCUGAUCGCGGUCCUGGUCUCAGUGACUGUCUUCGCCAUUGUGAUAACUAUUGUGUGCGUCUGCAAAAAGAAAACCAGGUGAGUCUCACCUCAGUCUUAU